AUGGAAGUUAAUAAGACUGAAAUAAUGAAUCAAUCAAUAAAAGAUGACAUGCAACAAUGUGCUGUUGAUUUAACAAUUGAAGCUAUGAAUAAGUAUUCUUCAUAUGAUGAAAUAGCUGGAUAUGUGGCGAAAAGCAUGACUACCAAGUAUCCUGGAAAUUGGCAUUGUAAAGUUGGGGUAUCAUUUGGAAGUAUGAAAUGGUUUAUUUCUUCUUUACUGCUUGGUUUGUUAUCACUGUGAUCUCUGAGCUGGAUGGUUUGGUUGAGGAGCUUUUUAGACAACAUCCUUAGUGCCAACUUCAACGUGAACUUCGAUGCAUGUGAUUUUGAAUUCUGUCUUCGGUAUUUUAUUGGAAAUUUGGCUAUUAUCCUGUACAAAUCGAAUUGAACAAUUUUGUAGGUAAAACUAUAAUCGUCAUUAACAUGAAAAAAACUACACACUCUAAGCAACACAUUGAGCAGUAAUCUGCUUCUAUAAUGUUUUAAAUGCAUUCAGUAUGUAAUUUCUAAAUGUUCUGUACACUUUUUAUAUGAGACAGCUGAGUGUAUUUUCAUAAACAUUUGAAAACAUUUUUACAAGCAUCUUCAUGACAGCUGAUAUUGUUGUUUAAAAAUAAAAAAAAUAAACAAAUUCAGAGGUCAACUUCUGAAAAUGAUCUUUGGAAUAUCUUAAGCCUUAUGUCGAAUGACACUAGAAUUCUCCAAUGAAGCCCAC